UCAUGAUGCAUCAUUGUGAGAGUAUAAAUAUGUCGACUUUACAGUGAAUCUCUUAUGAGUCUGUGCUGAAAAAGUCUCACUGCAGGACACGUGUGAAACUCAUCUGAAACAUCAUGUGUACUACGGGGAUUGCUGGAGGCUGGAGUGAAUGGAUGGAAGUUGAUGAUGAAGUGAAGAAAAUCUGCUUGUUGUUAAAACCUGAAGCUGAGAAGAAGACUAAAAGGAAGUUUCCUGUUUACCUCCACCUGAACUACCGACGCCAGGUUGUGGCAGGAUCAAACUACGAAAUGAAGGUGCAUGUGGGAAAUGACUCGUGUCUUUUUCUGAGAGUUUUCCAAGGACUUGGUCCUAAUGCUAAACUGGAGCUUCAGAAAGCUGUAGUGAUUCCACUGCCCAGCAUCAUUAUCCAUUAAAAUCCCUGAAUAAUGAUCUGUGUGUAAUGAAAUGUACUCUGCCAUUGCUUCAUGUUUAUGGUAAAGAGAAAUAAACUUAAAGAGAAAAAUAAACUUCUACAAAUGAUCAGUAUAAA